AUGAGAGCAAGGGGUCCUACAAAAGAUCAAGAAUCAAUAGGGAAAUCUUUAGAUAAUAACUCAGUUCAUAAAAGAAGAUAAGAGUUAUGGGAAAAAUAAAUGGGAACAAAUCAGAUAUGCUAAGGAUAUGUUUCUAAUACUCAAGGAAGUGCUGAGUCAGGAAUAAAAUAGUUUUUAUCAUCAAUGAGAAAAAAUGGAAGUUUUCAAUAGAUAGAAAGUCAAUUUAGACCUAAUAUAACUGAAAAUGAAACUGAAACACCAAAUAAAUCAUAACUGAAGGUGACAGACACUUAAUUAUUGACUCCUUUACAAAAAAAUGGACAAAAAAAUUAGACCACUUAUGAUAUAUUAUCUUAGAUUUAUGAAUUAUAAAAUAGAAAGAGUAGAAAUCAAUCUCUUUUGGAGGAAUUAAUGAGAAAAACCAAAUAAGCAAAUGAUAAUUUAACGUUUUAAAGAAUCCUAUAAAGAAAAAAAUAUUACAAAAGAUCUUAGAGAUGUUAGUCAGUGGCUCAAAAAGAAUAUGAAUUAGAAUAAUUGAAAGGAUAAUUAAUUUAAGUAAAAUAAGUUUAAGUUCAAUAAAUUUAAAAGGAAUAAACUCCAAAGUAAUAAGAGAAAUUAGUUCCAUUAUUGAUUAGAAAUGAUAAGACUAAGAGUCCACCUUCUAAGGAUAAUGAUAGAAAGAAAGUAUAGGUUCCAAUAUGCAAAGCUAAAAAGAUAGUUAUUGAUGAUACUAGAUUUUGGGAUAUAGGAUUUACAAAAUUUAUAUAGAAUCCAAGUUAUUAAGAAAUAAAUUAAAUAAUUAAUUUUUGUAAUGGGAUAUAAGUAAUUCCAGCAUUACAUUAAAAAUAUUAUAAACUUUUUGUUGGUAGAGGAAAUAAUCAUAUGAUGAUAAAAGGAAUAUUUAAUUUAAGACCAUAAUGGAGUAUAGCAAAUUCAAUUGAUGAUGAUACAGAAAUAAAUUUUGUAUGGACUUAAAAAUUUAUAGAUUUAUAACCUUCAGAAAUAAAACCAAUCCCUUAAACAAUAAUUUCAGAGGAAAUAAAUAAUUGGAUUGAUUCUUAAUAAAUGAGUUUGAUUAAAUAAGCUUGGGAUAAAAUUGAAGGGAAAUCAAAAAAAAAAUUAAAUGAUUAUAAUAUAGAUAGUCCGCCGAUAUUAAAUAAUGUAAAUAUUAAUUUAUUAAUUAAAGUUAUCGAAUUAAAAAGAAUUAACAUAACUAAAUCAUUAGAAUAUGAACAUUCGCAUACAUAAUCAUCUUAAGGGAGGUUAUCAAUUAGGUGAUAAAAAAUGGUUGUUUCAUAAUCUCUCUGAAUAUUGUUCGGAAUAGAGUAUUGAUGUAUGGAAUUAUAUUCCAUUAACCUAUCAUAUACAUGGUCCAACAGAUAGAGAAUUUUUUAAUUUUUAAUAAACAUUCUAGCAUUUGGCUUAGGAUAAAGAUAUUAAAAAUAUCUGGAUUAUAAAACCAGGAGAAGAUAGUAAUAGAGGCAAUGGAAUUAAAGGUAUGUAUUCAAAUUAUAUAAAUGAAUAGUGACAAAUUAAAUUUCAGAAAUUAUCUCACAUAUUUCUCAAUAAGGUCAUACUUUUAUACUUUAAAAAUAUAUAGAAAAUCCAUUCUUAUAUCAAAAGAGAAAAUUUGAUAUUAGAGGAUAUUGCUUAAUUACGAUUAUAAAUGGAGUUAAAAGAGGUAUCUUAUGCUGAUAGAAAUAGUUUUUUAGUUUAUUGGUACAAAAAAGGCUAUUUGAGAACAUCAAGUAGUUUUUUCACUUUAGAAUCUUUAGAUAAUCAGAAGAUACAUUUAACUAAUGAUGCUAUCUAAAAUAAAUUAAAUGGAUAUGGAAAAUUUGAAAAAGGAAAUAAAGUUUCCUAUGAUUAAUUUUAAGCAUAUCUAAUAGAAUAGAACAAGUAAAAUAAUACCUCGUAUAGUUUUGAUGAAAUAUAUGCUGAUAUGAAAGUAUAUUUAUAUAUAAAUAAAAUAGGCACUUACUAAAUUGGCCACUCAAUCCGCUAUUGAUAAAAUAACUAAUGAAGAUUAAAUAUUGGGGUUUGAGUUAUAUGGAUUAGAUUUUAUGAUUUCUAAUAAUUUCAAACCUAUGCUUAUAGAAUUUAAUACUAAUCCUUGUAUAGAGACUGGUUGUCCUGUUUUAACCAGAAUUAUUACAGGACUUUUAGAAAAUCUGAUGAGAUUCAUCAUUGAUCCUUUGUUUCCGGCAAAAAGAAUGGGAAAUGAUGAUUUCAUGAAUAAAAAUGAUUUUGAAUUGUUAUUAUCAUGUUGA